GGCCACGUGAUACGCCUUCCGUCUCUAAGGACGCAAUCCAACCAGGUGUGAAUCGAUCGAAUUAAAAAAGGUAAAUAUUCAUUCAAAAUGGCUAGCCGCCUGACACACGCGACCCCCCUCACACCCGUGCAGGAGAAAACCUCCCGUCUGACUACCCCACAUAUGACCCCUCCGGCCCAGGCAAAGAAGACGGUGACCCGACCCGCCAGCACGCCCCCAGAGGAUAAUCAGCUGAGACACCCGUGGCUGAAAAGGAAGGCCUUGGGUGACGAGUAUGAGACCCCGGUCACGGAGAGGGAGGGGUGGUGGCGAACCUACAUCAGGGAAACUCCCCUCCCUGGUGCCUACGAGAGUGGGACAUUUCUAGAAGAUUUACAGAGAAGACAAAAUACCUACAGGUUUAAGUCUGACGGAAGAAAAAUAGACCCCCACCCCCACGGAAAGGGUGCGAUACUCUUACCGGGAGCUUACGAGUUUCAACCCUUCCUAGAUAGAUUAGAACAAGCACCUGCUACCUACAACUUCAAGGCCACCGACAGAAGUAAACAGAACUUCCUCGUCAUAGGACACAAAGACAAGGAUAUAAACGUAAGUCCGGGCCAGUAUGACAUGGAGAAAUACCUGACACUGACAACAGACAGGCAAUCGUCCAAACAUUAUAUGUUCAAAUCGCAGCACAAGAGAUUUCCGACAUUACCAUUUAGACCUAGGGAUGGCCCCGGCCCCGGGAAUUAUGAACACAGGCACCAGCGAUCCAACACGGCGAUAUCAUCCAGCUUCAAAUCUAGAACCCCACGAUUUUCGAGUUCACACACGAAAGUUCCGGGUCCCGGAAUGUAUGAGAAAACCUUUCAGCAUCCCAUCCCUAGUACUGUGUCCAACAUGGGACGACAGCACGGCCUCUUCUUCACCAGCGCCUACCAGACAUAACGCCACCAGCCCUCGGUUGCCUCCCUUUCCCAUUAUGACAAUACACCAGUGUCCCAUUCCAGCUCAGCUAGAUUACUUUCAAUACAGAUUACUAUUAGAACUGCAAUUUUUACAACUGACGAUGUGUUACUGCGAUUUGUCUCGACCCAGAUUCAUGUUUUACAACAAUCAGGAUGCUCUGUAGUGCUCGAUUUGUGUUUUUUUAAUUUUGAAACCAGAAUAGGAUUGUUCAGCAUUACCUGAAACAAAACGCUCUUUCUGCAUCUUCCACUGAAGAAGAAUUUUUUUCUUUUUUUCCCCCAUUUUAAAAAACAGUGUUGUGUUUAUGUUUGCUUUGACGAGUGUUUGAAUAGCGUCUUGUCUGUGAUAGUUACUCCUUCUAAUCUAGUCGUUAAGUGGGAGCAGGGUAAAAUUAGUCCUCCCCACAUCAUCAACAUUUAUUGUUGCCAAGUUUUUACAAACAAUCAGUAUUAAAGUGCGCUUAAUGUGUCAGAAGAUGGUAGAUAUUAGAUAUCAGUCACAGAGAACUGCAAUUGAUGUCUCAUGGAUUUAUUUUGUCCUUCCUUCUUGUUUUAACUUUCAUUAUUAAACUGUUCCUUUUUCGUACACAUACAUCUAUUGCACAAUAAGCUAUUGUAAACCUUCUAUUUCUGUGUGAUGAAAUUUUGCACAGCUAUUAUAUCUUGCAUCAAACAAGUCCAUUUUAAUAAAUGUCUUUUGUAAUUAAUUUUAAUGCAAAGGGUUUUGUCUUGUAAACCCAAUUAUCACUGAUAACUUCGUCAUGAAUAAAGAUUGCAUUGGUAUACAGUACUAUUUUAAGUAUAUGAUCAUAUAAGGGUAUUUUUAUACACAUUUUAUAGUAUUAUCAAACUCUGUACAAUAAACUGCAAACACACCAUGUCACAUAAUGCACAAACUUGUACCAAAUAAAUUGUUACAUUUUAUAUUCUUUUAUUCAUUUCAAAUUUUGAUAUGAAUUAGGAAUAAAAAAUAUAUACAUUGA